GUGCACCAUUUUCUAGGUAUGAGUGACCUAGUGUCUGAUGAUGACUCUGACGACAAGGAUAUUGGAGGGAGUAGUUCUUCACAGCCACCUAAAGACUUCUCUGCUCCGUUUGGGGUCGCUUAUCAUGCCAUUGGACAAGAGUUCUACCCAGUAGAGGGCGACCGCCGAAAGCCAUCACCGGAGAUCCAACGGCAGGCUCAUCCGUGGGAAUGGAGAAGCAAUUAAGCCCUACGACCACAGAGAAAGAUAUACCUGCAGACACAAGCACAGAGGAAGUCUCACAGAUCUCUGAACCAACAGAAGCAAACGAGCUGGAUCUUAACAAGGAAGGGAAGAAAACAUAUGCGGAAGUUGUGGGGAUCCAGGAAGAUCUUAACCUAGACCUAAAGUUUAUUCCUACGGAAAUGAUCAAUGGACAAUCAAUUGUGCGACUCACUCAGGAAGACAUUGUUGAUCCAGGUACUUACUGGAAUUCAGUGUUAAUAUGCUGUAUACUGGGAGCAAAUCCCCCGUUGGAUGUAAUCAAGGGUUUUCUCUCGCGUAUCUGGAGCUCCUAUGAAAUUGAGGGGAUUUCAUUUCUGAAGGAAAGCCAAUUCAUAGUGAAAUUUCGAAAGGAGGAGGAUAGAAAUGAGAUUAUAAAACGUAAAUAUUAUUACAUGGAUAACAAGCCAGUUUUGGUUAAGGAAUGGUUCCCAGGCAGCAAAAUUGAUCUAAUGGAGCUCAAAGAUGUGCCUAUUUGGAUUCAAUUUCCUGAUCUGGACCUGAAAUAUUGGAGCCUCUCUGGCUUGAUCAAAUUUGGGCGAUGUAAGGACAACCUAUUAAAAGGGACAAAGCAACUGCUUCUAGAAGGAAAUGGGCUUUCGCACGCAUCCAAAUUGCAUUCCAAAAGAAAGACAGACAAUAAGGUCGCUUCCAAUGCAAAAAGAAUGGUGUGGAGACCUAAAACCAAAACUGUUAUGGAUGACCAGGAGAACAUCACUAGGGAAGGGGAAACACUAACUCCUAUACCUGCUGAACAACCAGUGGUCUGUAAUGAGGAAAUUGGGGAAAGAUCUAAAGAUGAUGAGACAUAUGAUAUGGCUGUAGAAGGCUUCACCAAGGUCAACAAAAGGAAAGCCUUACGUAGAUCAUCUUUGGAAGGAAAGGAAUCUAAUUACAUUGUGGCUGAAGUCUGGGACCAAACACAUGAGGGGUUUCCUAUGAAUCAAGUUGUGCAGAAGCUCAAGCAACUUAAACACCCUCUGAAAAAAUUGAAUAAAAGUAAAUCCCACUCUUUGGAAACCCAAAUUGAAGAAACUAGGGCCAAACUGCAUGAUAUCCAAGAACAUCUGAAGGGGGAUAGGGCAGAUAACGAUAUGAUUGAUAUGGAAAAGCAUUUGAAAAAGGAGCCGCAUCUUAAACUCAGGGCAAGCUUUCUUAUGAAAAGCCAACAAGCUAAAGUUGAUUGGAUUACUCUUGGAGAUCAAAACUCAAAGCUAUUUUAUGCAUGGGUUAAAAAAAGGAAGCUUCAAAACCACAUCACUUCCCUGACUAAUGCCAAUGGGAUUGAAAAAGAGGGGAAAGAAAAGGUUGCUGAAAUCCUUGUUGAAUAUGCGAAGAAACAGCUGGGGACUAGCAUUGAAACAGAGAGUAUCAACAAGGACAUAGUGGAAUUGGGCAAUAAGCUAAGUAUUGAACAACAAUUGAUAUUGAUAUCACAUGUUACCCCUGAAGAAUUUAAGAGCUGCAUAUUUGAAAUUCCUAACAACAAAAGUCCAGGCCCGGAUGGUUAUAGCAGUGGUUUUUUUAAGAACCAAUGGUCCAAGGUGGGUGAGUUAACAACUAGAGCCAUUAUGAGUUUCUUUCAGAAAGACGACACGCUUAAGCAGAUCAAUGCCACCAAUCUGAUCUUCAUACCAAAAAAGGAGGAACCAAAAUCCCCAGUUGAUCUAAGGCCCAUUGCCUGCUGCAAUGUCCUGUAUAAGACCAUUUCUAAAAUAUUUUGCAGAAGGCUCAAGAAGAUUCUGCCAAGUAUUGUCAGCUUAAACCAAGGGGCCUUCAUUGAAGGGCGAGAAUUAGUCCACAAUGUACUCCUUUGCCAGGAAUUUGCAAGAGGGUAUAACAGGAAAAACAUCUCUCCACGUUGUUUGAUGAAACUGGAUCUCCAAAAGGCCUAUGAUAAUAGUACAACAUCUGGGACUGUCCCCAAAAACCUGAUGCAUGCUUCUACUGGAAGAAAAUCCUAUGCACAAGAGAGGUAUCAAGAAAGAUGUGAUAAUGCAAUUGCAUCGACAAACAAGUACAAAAGGGAUAAUGUAGAUGUUACUUCCCCUGAAGCUAUCUUUCUCUUACAACCACUCUAUGAACAAGGUCUGAUCCCGAACAUGCGUAGAUUUGACAUUGAGCCUUAUUUGAACGUUUCGGCCUUUUGCAUGUACUUAUUAUCCAAUGUCGAAGCAAGUUUAAUAAGGGUUGUUUUAAGUAUCAACGAAUUUAUAAGUAAAUCCCACUCUCUGAAAAAAUUGAAUAAAAGUAAAUCCCACUCUUUGGAAACCCAAAUUGAAGAAACUAGGGCCAAACUGCAUGAUAUCCAAGAACAUCUGAAGGGGGAUAGGGCAGAUAACGAUAUGAUUGAUAUGGAAAAGCAUUUGAAAAAGGAGCCGCAUCUUAAACUCAGGGCAAGCUUUCUUAUGAAAAGCCAACAAGCUAAAGUUGAUUGGAUUACUCUUGGAGAUCAAAACUCAAAGCUAUUUUAUGCAUGGGUUAAAAAAAGGAAGCUUCAAAACCACAUCACUUCCCUGACUAAUGCCAAUGGGAUUGAGAAAGAGGGGAAAGAAAAGGUUGCUGAAAUCCUUGUUGAAUAUGCGAAGAAACAGCUGGGGACUAGCAUUGAAACAGAGAGUAUCAACAAGGACAUAGUGGAAUUGGGCAAUAAGCUAAGUAUUGAACAACAAUUGAUAUUGAUAUCACAUGUUACCCCUGAAGAAUUUAAGAGCUGCAUAUUUGAAAUUCCUAACAACAAAAGUCCAGGCCCGGAUGGUUAUAGCAGUGGUUUUUUUAAGAACCAAUGGUCCAAGGUGGGUGAGUUAACAACUAGAGCCAUUAUGAGUUUCUUUCAGAAAGACGACACGCUUAAGCAGAUCAAUGCCACCAAUCUGAUCUUCAUACCAAAAAAGGAGGAACCAAAAUCCCCAAAGGCUCAAGAAGAUUCUGCCAAGUAUUGUCAGCUUAAACCAAGGGGCCUUCAUUGAAGGGCGAGAAUUAGUCCACAAUGUACUCCUUUGCCAGGAAUUUGCAAGAGGGUAUAACAGGAAAAACAUCUCUCCACGUUGUUUGAUGAAACUGGAUCUCCAAAAGGCCUAUGAUAAUGUGAGUUGGAAAGCUAUUGAGCAACUGCUACUAUACCUGAACUUCCCUUCCAGAUUNGUUCUUAUCAUGGAAUACCUUACAAGAUCUUUCCAAUAUUUGGCUACCAAAGAAAAUUUCACCUAUCAUCCUAUGUGCAAAUCUUUGAAAGUUAUUAACAUUGUAUUUGUGGAUGAUUUGAUUGUGGCAUGCAAAGCCGAUGAGAAAUCCAUCAAAACUAUCAUGUUAGUAGAUCACUUCAAACAUACAACAUGCCUCUCUGUAAAUCCUUUGAAAUCUGAAAUCAUUUUUGGAGGAAUUAAUAAGGAAAUGGAGG